AAAAACGCCUUAGCCUGCCGUAUGUGUCUAUUUAUUUAUUUAUGCAUCUUAUUUGAAAGUGUUUAGUUUUUUUUUUUUACAUUUUAGUCGUACCUCAAAUGAGAAGACGUAAAAGAUGGAGCUUCAUAUUUUAGAGCACAGCUUGAAAGUGGCGAGUAUAGAAAAAGAGGGGAUCCAGAUUUGCACUCACGGAUUGAUAAAACUCGCUUUCUUGGCCUCCAAAACAAGAUGCAAGUUUUUCAGUCUGACGGAGACUCCGGAGGACUACACCAUAAUUGUCGAUGAGGAAGGCUUUAAAGAGCUGCCCCAGUCAGAGCACAUCAGUGUUGCUGAUGCUACAUGGUUGGCCCUCAACGUGGUGUCAGGGGGCGGCAACGCCUCAAAUUCGCAGCCCAUCGGAGUCACCAAAAUCGCUAAAUCUGUCAUUGCACCGCUGGCCGACCACAACAUCUCUGUUUUCAUGCUGUCGACGUAUCAGACGGACUUCAUUCUGGUUCGAGAGCGAGACCUGCCGAUGGUCAUGCACACGCUGUCUUCCGAAUUCACUUUGCUUCGGGUGGUCAACGGAGAGACUGUUGCUGCUCAUGAUCUGGGAGUCAGCAACGGUUUUGUAAAGCCAAAACUCGUGCCCCGUCCCAUCAUUCAUCCCUUAUCUAGUCCCAGCAACAUGUUCUGUGUGACCAGCCUGGACCCAGACACACUGCCCUCUGUAGCCACGCUGCUCAUGGACGUCAUGUUUUACUCUGGAGGGCCAAAGGAACCUGGAGCAUCCAACGAGGACUCCAGCCACAUCCGCUUCUUCUCUUUCUCCCUGAUCGAAGGCUACAUCUCUCUGGUCAUGGACGAACAGACAACUCAAAGGUUUCCAAACAAUGUCCUCUUCACCAGUGCUUCUGGUGAGCUUUGGAAAAUGGUUCGCAUUGGGGGACAACCUUUAGGAUUUGAUGAGUGCGGCAUCGUGGCUCAAAUAUCUGAACCUCUGGCAACGGCUGACAUUCCAGCUUACUACAUUAGUACCUUCAAGUUUGACCACGCCCUGGUUCCCGAAGAAAACAUCCAAAGUGUGAUUGGAGCUCUGCGGACCAAGAGCACGGGACAGUGAAGGAAGCCGGAGGAAAAACGAUGAAAACAACGGUUUUCAAAGUCAUUUCGUUCAAACGUUUAUCAUGUCCAAAAAGUGCCAAGAGCUUAUUAGCGGACUACUGUGGAUCAGCUCUGAAAGGAUCUAACCACAACGUGGCUGUGGGUGGUGUACAGGGAGAGGGUGGGGGGGGGUUGUGACAGUGUGUUAGGGACACCUUUGUUACUCGGUCAUUUUCUUUAACCCCGCUCCCUCCUUCCUUCCUUGGCACUUGAGGCCCUCCACUGCCUCCUCUGGUAGUUAUUGCUUUACUUUACCAGACUGAAUACAUUUCUUUUCCUCUCUAAAGCUGCUUCUUCCCACUCCCUGACCCUCAUAAGCACCAUACUGUAUUAGUACAUAAUUCCUCUCGUGGAAGGAUGUGAAUGUAUUCUCAAAAACGAAAGAACUUUAAAAAAAAUAUGGAGGUCACUAUAUAUAUAUAUAUGUAUAGUGACCUCCAUAUUUUUUUUUUCUUUUAUUUGUUUUCCACAGGUCGUUUGUCAGUGCCAAGAUGUUUGAAUGCCUAAACCGAUGCCUUUGUCAAAAUACUAUUCAUGUGUGCAAUUGAAGGAGACAAUUUUUGAGACAGCCAGCUGUAACGGACCGUCUGGUUAAGUAAUAUGGUGUGUUUCUUUUUUUUUAUUUUUUUUAUUUUUUUUUUUUAAGCAGUUGUUUUACAGCAAUGAACUGACUGUUGGAGUCCCUCAGACUUAGAAGUUAAAUUCAGAUGUUUGGUGAUGAUCUUGACGAGGAAAUAUUCCUUUAGUGUUUUUAAAAAGUAAUAUGCAUUCACACUGUGAGCAACAUGGUUGACGGAAUUAGCAGGAAAAAAAAUCUUUUAUUUUUCAAUUCUUUCACUAGCAAGCUUGUGCAAGCAUUUAUGUGGCAUCAAUCAGUGACCUUGAGCUUGAAGGUCAGAUUAGUUUAUUAAUCAAUUAUUAAUCUAGGGGAAGUUAAUCGAUGACAAGUAAAAAAACUAAAAUUUCACAAUAUGGCUCCCUAAAUGGAAACGUUUGCUUGCUUUUCUCAGUUUUACAAUGGAAAUAGAAAACCUGUGGAGACACUAAAGAGUUCCGAGAGGAGGAAUCCUGCUAACUUUGCUGAUCCCCUGACUGUUUAUGUAACACCACCAGCAGAUCAAAGUUUUCACUUAUCCAGUGAAAUAUGAAUCAUGAAUUUGACUUUUCAUCUAGCACCAUCUUUACAUUUGUCGCACUGCUCAGGGUUUAUGUCCAACCUUGAAAAUGAAUGCCACUCUCAUUAAACUCGCCACUCAUUAGCAUACUAACAUUAACAAGGCCAAACUUAGCUUGUUAACAUCUUGAGUAUAUUAGCAAUCGAUACCAGAUCAAACACUGCUUGGUGUUCUUUAAAAUGAGCUGUAGAGCCACACAGAGCUGUAAACAUGGCUGCUUUGUCUCAUCUUGUACUGUAUUGAUUAAUCGUAAAUAUUACACAUAUUAUAUGUUAGUCACAAACAUGAGUAUGUUUUUAGGCACAACUGAGAAAAGGAGAAAAGGAGAAAACAUCCAUAUUUAUGUAGGGUCAGAAAAUUAAAUUAAAAAAACAUUUCACUCGCUGAGGUCAAAACCAUUUUAAGCUACAAAGGUCACAGCAAUAUAAAAAUGUUAGCAUCAAGAAAGAAGAAAAAUGUAACCACAAUAAUAUCUAUACAAUUCUUAUCACUAUAGUGUAGUCACAGUAAUGAGUACAUGGGUCUAUAGUCCAUUCAGACCAGGACAUCAUAUUUGAAAAUCCAGUAGGUUUCCUUUUGCAGUAGUUUUAUCAUAUAAAUACAUAUUUGUAAGACUUAAGAGCUUAAAAUCAACCCUGACAUUAGAAAAGGUGAUCUUACCUCAUGAGGAUCCAGAACUAUCGUAGUCAUGAAGAGAGUUAUGUGAGGGGUUUGAAACCACUCCCAACUCCUCUUGGUGGGAAACAUACAUUAAUAAUAACACAUUGUAUCUCAUUUGUUUAAUCUGAAAACAACAGAAAAGUAUCAUCAACAUUUUGCAGUUUUUAUAGGCCUCAACCUUUUUUUCUCUCUGGACAGAUAAACGCUUGCUUGUCAUGAAAUACAUAAUAGAUACACUUUCGAUGAUCGUGUUGCUCACAGUGUGAACCCACAGUAAGACCUGAUGGUAAAAUGCAAUGAUGAAAAUGUGCAUCAAUAGUAAUAAAUUACUGAGCCACUUUGACAAUGUACUAGAAUAAUGACUGGGUGCAAGAAUGCUAAACAUAAGCUAAGGUUCACACAGGGAAGGAACUUUUCCCUCCAAGCCCUGGUGUCCAUUUAGGUCUUGAAGCUGCCCCUCCCCUGCCCCCAGUCUGCACUUUAAUGCAGGUUCCACCCCCACAGGCCUGCUGUACUGAUGUGAAAAUGGGGAGGGCUAUUUACUUUCAAAAGAACCUGUCCAGAUGGUGAGAUUUCUGUUGGUCUUAAGCAUUUGGUGAUUCUAUUUUUCUUGCAUCUAACAAUCUUUCUUCUUCUGAUCUUAUCUUCAGAUGUGAUUAGUAGGAACCCUGUUUAUCAGUGUUAAAACAUGAAGACGGUGAUAUUUCUUCUGAUUCCAUUUCAAAGAGAAAAAAGCUUUUUCAUUUGGAGCUUCUUGUGUGGAAAAAAAAUAAACAAGCUUUUUUUGGGGGUGGGGGGACGUGGAGCUUGUUGAGUGUUCAGUUUUCACCACUGUGUCAUUUUUACUGUCUUUACUUAACAAACGGGGAUUGUCUUCUCACUGUUAUUUGCUCCCAAUGUGUACUUUAAUCAAUAAACUGGUGACAUCUCUGCCCAAU